CGCAUACUCGUGACACAUCGUACAUGCUAUCGACGGAUAUCUGUCUCCGCGACAUUUCGCUCUUUGAUCGAGCUUCUUCAGAGUUCGUAUCCUUUUAUCGAAAUUCGAAGGAUUUUUCGUAUUGUCGUAUUACUUGAGGCGAUCAUCUUUCAAUUACUAUGGACGUUGAUAUAAAACUCUCUAGAAGCAGCAAUCAAGCUUGGGGCUUUCGAUUGUCCGGAGGGGCUGACUUUAGUUUUCCGAUGACUGUUGUCAGAGUAUCUCUCGGGGGAUUGGCCGAUCAAGCUGGGUUAAAAGCUGGCGACAUAGUGACUAAAGUGAAUGGCGAAGCUAUACAGCAUUUGAGGCACUGCGAAGUUCGUGAACGCCUUGUCAAUUCCGGAAAUGAAAUCAUGUUGUCGGUCGUGCGAAAUCUGAAAUUUAAACGAGCCGUUUAACGAAAAUGUUCAUCAACACGCAUCUCGCUGCGCGAUACCGAUAAUCAUUCUAUUUUUGUAAACAAUACGAUGAGGAUAAACGUUUUAUUAUUGACAGUCAAUUGUACACAAUAUUAAUUAGCUACAGGAUACAAUCGUAUCGAUAUUCCUUGAUCAAUAUUAAACUCCAAUUUUUACGAUCUACAAAGUUUUGUUAUUAUUAAAGUAUAUUGGUAAUCAUGCUCGUUCGAUAAAUCCGUAUCAUUGUACAUACCUUGUAUCAACAUUUUACCAUACCACGGUGUUAACUGGUAAUUGCAAAAGAAUUUCGAAGAAGAAAUAAAUCGUCAACCUACUCAAGAGUAACCGAAUGUUUUAUUUUCGAUUGUAUUAAUCGAUGUUACCUUUAAUUUGAAACUGUAAUAAAAAUAUUAUUUGUUGGCUAUUUUUCAUGAUGGUUCUGGCAUCGGUAAUCAAGGUCCAUCGAGACAAGCUUGCAACAUCAUGUUGUCGUUACGUGUCAGCGAUUGACCCACAUUGCAAAAUACAAUUUGUCAACUAUUGAUCCGGCCUCCUCUAUGAUCGUACAUACCUUCUCUGGCUAUGAGUCAUCAGUCCGUUAAGGUGACGUUUUAAAGUACAAUUAAUCGUUCUAUUCAAAUGAUGGAUCAAGACUUUGUAUUGUAUUGCGCUUAAGAAGAAUUAAUACCAAAA